GGUAUUUAUUGGUGUUUACACAAGUUGCUGUAAUUUCAGGUACUGUGGUGUUAGUGUUAUAGGAUUAAUUUUUGUGAAAAAAAGGGGUUGUAGUGUACAGCAAAUCACCAUGGACAGGACAGUGAGUCUCCCCAGUCAACCUGACAAAACAACUACAGUGACUCUGGUUGAGAACAGCUGUGCCCCCGGUGGCCUGGAACUAGUUAGCUCUUAUCAAACCAACAGAGCAGGAGACCCCAUGGACCUGGUGGCCCUGGCAGCACAAGUACAAACGGGGAACGACUUUGUUAAAGCAAAUGCUUGCAACAAACUGACAGUCAUUGCUGAUCAAAUCAGAUAUUUACAAGAACAGGCUAGAAAAGUUUUGGAAGAUGCUAAAAGAGACGCUGAUCUCCACGGUGCAGCCUGUAACAUAGUGAAAAAACCGGGUAACAUUUACUACCUCUACCAGCGACCAUCAGGACAGAAGUACUUCUCUAUUAUUUCCCCCAAGGACUGGGGCUCUAACUGCCCGCACCAAUUUGUCCAAGGCUUCAAACUGCAGCAUGACAUGUCCUGGACGCCAUUGGAUGAGGUGGAAAAGAGAGAUGCAGAGUUAGCCAUCAUGGACAAACUUCUGAGCCAGCAGACUGCUCUACCUAGUAAUACAGAACCAAAUUUCAAAGGCCUCUCGGGGUAAAGGAUUUUAGUUUUGGUUUAUAUACAUGAAGGUGACAGUGUACAUUUUAAGCAGAGUCUUAUUGGACA